CUAUCUUCAGACAGAGAGAACAUGGCAAGUUACAGAUGGGUUUUCCGGACAUUUCUUCUUUCGUUUCUGGUCAUUCUGUUGGUAAUCAUCGUUGUGGGAUUUCAGAUGUUUAAAUCUGCAGAAGACGAUUUGUAUUCAGACAUGUAUGAUAGAGCUUUACAAGAUGAUGAAAUGCAGCAGGUAGUAUUAAAAUCUGAUAAAAAUGGGGAUCCCCAUGUGAAACCUGUCUUUCAAGACAAUAUUAAUGUUCCUGUGUUAGUGUGGUGGACACCUUUCACUGGGGAGAAAGGAAGGGUAAAGUCAUGUGGGGAUGUCAAGUGUUUCUUUACGGUGAACAGAACAUACAAAGAUCACCCAAGAGCAAAAGUUUUCAUGUUCUAUGGCACAGAUAUAUCACCUCCAGAUCUUCCCAUACCUAGACAACCACACCAUGAGUGGGCAUUGCUACAUGAGGAAUCUCCCAAAAAUGAAUAUCUUUUCUCACAUGCUGACAUUAUGACCCUGUUUAACCAUACAUGCACAUUUAAAAGAGAGUCUGACUAUCCUACCACUACUUUGUAUCUAAAAGGAAUUGAAGAGUUAGAGUCCACUGAAUAUUUAGUCCCCAUAAAGGAGAAAAACAAUCUCCUUAGUCAACAGGCACCUGUGGCUUUUGUACAUAGUGACUGUGGCACUCCGUCAGAUAGAGAGAAAUUCACAGAAAGACUUAUGAAGUUUAUUCCCGUGGAUUCCAUGGGCAAGUGCUUGCACAACAAAGAUUUACCAAAAGAACUUUCAGAUCCAUUGAAAGGAAUGUCUCAUAAAGACUUCUACAAGAUAAUGGCUGGUUACAAAUUUACUAUGGCAUUUGAAAAUGGAGUAUGUGAUGAUUAUGUCACUGAAAAAUUUUGGAGACCAUUGCAACUAGGAUCUGUACCCAUUGUGUUUGGGUCACCAAAAAUUAAGGACUUGAUGCCAUCAAACCAUUCAAUUAUCGAUAUCAGGAACUACAAAACCAUCAAAGAACUUGCAGAUCACUUGAAUUUUCUCAACAAUAAUGAUGAUGAGUACCAAAAGUAUUUACAAUUUAAAAAACCAGGUGGGGUUACAAAUACCUAUUUGAAGGAAAUAAUGGAAAGGAGAGAAUGGGGCAUUGAUAAUGACUGGCAAAGAGGUAAUUUUAUAGAUGGUUUUGAAUGUCAUGUGUGCAGACGUCUCCAUGAAAAUGAGCAAUUAAUAAGGGAUGGUAAGAAGCCCCGAACUCACAUAGCCACUGUAGAUCAUUAUGGUUGCCCUAAACCAAAGCGUUUCAAAGCUGAUGGAAGCACAGAAAGAGUUGAGGAUGAUUGGUGGGCACAGGAGUGGAUCUCAACCAAAUAUCAGGCUAAAGCAAUCAGAUAUUAUAUUGACAGAGGACUAAAUUUCACUCAGGAUGAAUUCUUAAAAAUGGCUGCUGAUUUAAGUGACUUAGAACAUAGAUGAGACAGUUUGAAGGAAAGUAUUACAAUUGUAAUAUAAACAUGUUUAAAAGUUCUCUUGACAGCUUGGCCUUACAACUUUUAUUCAGUUGGUAUUUGAUUGAAGAGUUCCAAGUGUUCAGUUCAUUUUUUCAUGUGUUUAGGAUCUCAGAACUUCUUGUGAACAUUCUACAAGGAAAAAAUAAUUUAAAAUGCGAUCUACACUUGUUUUCUAGUCACAUUUAUAUUAGUGGUAACAAAGGUUACCACGUUAAGUUAAAUUAAUUUUUAAAGUCAAAAAUUCUCUUACCAAAACAGAAUUCUAUUGCCUAAUACUUUAUCUGGUUAUUUCUAUAGGGUGUGUCAAGGUCAAACCAAUUCUGAAACAUAAAAAUUGAUGCUUUUAAUUGUAGUAAUUAAGCAGUUGCCAGCCCACCUCCACACUAUUUAUUGAGGAAGAGCCACUGAUUAUUGGAGAGUGAAUUCUUGCUGACCUGCUUCUGCUUCUGCAUUUAGUGUCAAUCAAAAUGUUACAUAGUUGGUUUAACCUUGUGCAUUAACUGCUAGGGACAGAUAUGCUUCCAAAGGUGGUCCCAGAAGUCCAUUUUCUCUUUUCUGACAUGGAAUAGUGUAUCCAUAGUCUGCCCCAUACACCUUUAAAGCCCACAUAACUGUUUUCUGUACAUAAAAUAGUAUUGAAAGGAGGGUGAGGCAAACUGUUAGAUAUCCUGGGACCACAAAGUUGUUUUAAACAUACAUAAACUAUCUGAAUUAUAUUCAACUGUAGUUGGACAAAAAAGUUUAACUUACAGUUACAUUGGAAACAAAACUGUGGCAGAUCAUUCACAUAUAAAUAUAUAAUUUCAAAGUUGUUAUGCCUUACAUUUGUUGAAUAUAGAAUUAAGUUCCAUGACCAACCACUGUGUAAUUAGUUCAUUUGUUUAAAAUUAUUACUCAAAGAUACAAAAUUAUAAGACAUUCACAUAUUUCAUACAUGACAUUUCAUGUGUUUAAGUGAUUAUUUACAGACUCCAGAUAUAAAUAAUAUACAUCAAUACAAAUGGUAACAAUCUUACAGAUUUAACCAAAGAUAAAUCUAUCAUUAUGGCAUGUUUUUUAGAGAGUUCCUCAUCAAGGUAGUUCACUUGCAGAGAUCAACUGAAGUAUGUGCUUUAAGUGAUGUUUAAUUUGACGGCAUUUCCAUCAAUAGCUGCACAUACAAUGGAUGGCUCCAAAGGGUGCAUGCAAAAAAAAGCCAACGAAGUAUCUGAAACCAAUCAUACUUCAUACAUUACAUAAUAUUUUACUUCUUAAUGACAUUAAAAAAGAAGGCACAAUGAUGCAUUUCUCUAUUAGAAACUUAUUAUUCUUGCAGUGAUGUGGUGAUGACUAGAUCUUUAAAUUUUCAAUGGACAAAAAUUAUCAAACUGUCAGAAAUUACUGC